CCCCGCCCCAUCGCCACCAUCCUCCUCACCCCCGCCCCACGCUUCGGCUACGCCACACGACGUCCCCAAUUACACGGCCGGUCGCUUUCUCCCCCCGCCCCCGGCUUCUCCCCGUUGGACGAUCCGCCCGCCCGCCCGCCCGUCCGUCGUCCUCCCCCUACUUAGCCUCCCCCUCCCGUCUCCCCCUCUCCCUCUCCCCCUCCCCCCUUCCCCUCAAGCGAUCACGGAGAGGAGAAGAGUAGAACCACAGGCAUACGAACCCCUCGAAGAGCAGCUCUGAGCUCUGCGGCUUGCGCUCCCGAAUCCGCAGCCCUUCCCCGCUUCGAUCGGAGACGCAGGGGAGGUGCCGGAUCGAGCUUCGCGGUCGGCAUGGUGCCCAGGGACAUGGUGAAUGCCCCCGCCGAGAGGCUACACGUCCAAGGGUCUGUAGUGAACAAGAAGUGUGAGAAGAAGGUGCCAAAGAAAAUCCACAAGUCAGAGAGGGAGAAGCGUAAGCGAGGCACGCAGAAUGACCUCUUUAAUGAGCUGGGAGCCAUGCUAGAACUAGACAGGCAGAACAACGGGAAGGCAUGUGUAUUGGGUGACACUACACGGAUACUGAAGGAUUUAGUUUCACAAGUGGAAUCUCUUCGGAAGGAGAAUACCACACUGAAGAAUGAAUCUCACUAUGUUGUGUUGGAGAGAAAUGAACUCCGUGAUGAUAACAGUAUGCUUCGCAAUGAAAUCCUGGAGCUUCAGAACAAGCUUAGGAUGGGUCUGCAAAGCAACCCUAUUUGGAGCCAGGAUACUACAAGAUCAGCCGUCGCAGUACCUUAUCCCACAAGAGGAGUGUUCCCAGUACAGCAUUCACCACAUCCACCAGUCAUCACCUCGACGGCACUUUCUCUGCAACCUGUAAUCACUGAGCAAUGCUAUGUUGCCCCACCACGAGAGCUACAGCUCUUCCCGGAAGUUUCAUCUGCAUCCACUGAAGACAGUGAACUGUCACAAGACCAGGGGAUUUCCAAUAGUGUAACACGGCCUCAGGCACGGUACCCUACACCAGUGGUGAUGUCGCCAGUGAACGAAUUCUCAAUCCUUCCAAGGAUGGGAGAGGAGCAACAAUAUAGUAGUGGCACUAGUGAGGAGGUUUAAGUACAUAACACAAUUUGCUUCAUCGUUUGAGAAGUUUCUUUAGUGUGAGUAACAGAUACAUAUGAAGGUGUGCAUGUAAACUCCAAUCUGUCUCCGAAUCUUGAUCUUAACUGGUUAAAUAGAUGAUAAUAAAAAUUGCAUUACACCUGAA